AUGUCUAUGUUGUUCGACUACCCCCCACCUCCCGACGACGCAGACCCUACUGCACUAGUUCCCCUUUCUGAUGCCGGCUCUGCUCCGGAGACUGUCGCAACUUCGUCCGCCGUGUCUGAGAGGAAAGACGACGACGACUCUAAAAAGGACAAAGAGAAGGAUAACGAGAAGCCAAGAAGUCUCGCUGCUGUCAAGAUCAUGAAAGAUAUGGAGCGCUGGGCAAAGAUCCAGAAUCGUCAAAAGGAAAGUGUCCGCUCUGCAUCACCGUUGUUGAAGCUUGGCAUGGACGAUGAUAGGAGGCAAUCCAAAACGGCUGACGCUGGUUUUGCUAUCUUUGAGAGGAAGAUAGCAGGUCCAGAUGAUCUUUUUAAGAAGCCACUUGCUCCUCCUAAGAAAGAUGAAAAGUCAAAGCGUCCAAUGAGCUCCCUGGGUAUGCUGGCAUCAGACUAUGCAGCUGGAAGUGAUGAAGAGGUGGAAGAAGAUAGGGAGGAAGCAGCUAAAAGCAGUCAGGGCGGCCCGUAUGACGAUAAGAACAACAAGCUGACAGACUGGAAGAAGAUGGCCUGCCUGCUAUGUCGGAGACAGUUCCCCAACAAGGACGCUCUGAUCCGCCACCAGCAGCUUUCUGACCUGCACAAACAAAAUAUGGAGAUCCACCUUAAGAUAAAGAGGUCAAAGAAGGAGCUAGAGGCACUGGAGAACCAGGAAAAAGAACUGAGUUCCAAAGAACCUUCCAGGUCACCAGAACCGAAGAAAAGGAAACAACAACAGCAACACCACCAACAGCUGCAGCAUCAUAAUACCUGGGCUGGAAGCUCAAGGGAGAUGAAUAAAGUCAGCGAUAGACCUGGUUUAGGAGCUGAACCUGCCCCGCAAAAGAAAAAGAAAGAGCCUGUCGUUUGGGACCAUGCCACCUACAAACAAGCAGUACGCAAGGCCAUGUUUGCUCGGUUUAAGGAACUCGAGUGAUCUCAUCUGAACACAUCCUCACUUUGAUAUGUCAAAUUGUUAAUGACAUGCUUGCCCAACUUGGCAUGAGAAAUCUGUUUGUCUUUACCGUUUCUCUGCCUUGGUCAUUACACUAUAGAACCAGUUUUCUACACGGAAAUGGAUUAAAAAAUGAUGUGAUGACAUUACAAGGCUACUAUGGAGCGAAAAUAAAAAGUCAAAAACAAGUAUUAUUUGACGUCCUUAACAAUGAAUGUUGUAUAGAAAGUGUUUAUUCAUGCUGUUGAUUAACUAUUUUUGCCCAUGUUUUGUGUGUGGCCUGUAUGUAGAAUUGUGAAAUGUGUCCAGGUAGUCUUUUUAUUUUUUUUUUCUUAUACUGUUUUACUGGCCACAAAUACAUUAGUUUUAAAACUGAGCAAUUUUUACAUUUUCUUUUUCGUUGGCCAAAAUUGCUAUUGUAUGUACACAUUUUUAAGUAAAAAAAUAAUAAUUAUGGACUAACA